GAUCGCGAUGUGUAUAAAAAGGAGAAAUAUUCAACAGAUAAACGCGAUAGACGUGGCGGUGGCAGUGGUGGUGGCAAUGAUCGUGAUUCUGAAUCACAUCGCACCAAUCAUGAUAGGCUGGAUCGACGUGGAGGUGGAAGCGGCGGAGCAAAGCUUUGUUCUUCCAGUGGUGGUGACAAACGGUCUGGUUCGACAGAUCGUGACCGAGAUCGUGAUCGUGAUCGUGGUGAUUUAAGAGACAGCAAACGUGAUCGUGGCUCUGAACGUGAUCGUGAUAGAGAACGCGAUCGCGACAGGGAUCGUGAUAGAGAUCGCAGUGAUCGCGGUGGAGGUGGUAGCGGCGGCGAUCGUGAGCGCGAUCGCGGCGGUGGUGGUGGGGGAAGUGGUGGCGGCGGUGAGCGUAGUGAUCGCGGCGAACGUGUAGCACGUUGUGGCGAUUGGAGUGAGCAUGUCAGUUCAUCGGGAAAGAUGUAUUAUUACAAUUGCAAAACUGAAGUUUCACAGUGGGAAAAACCAAAGGAAUGGAUGGAGCGAGAACGAACUCUGGCACGUGAUCAACAUAGAGAAAAGGAUUACCGGGACAAAGAUCGCGAUAGAGAUCGUGAAGAUCGUUUCUGCAGAUCAGCUUACGCGAAACAUUCCAGUUCUCGGGGAAAUUCACGACUGAGGUGGAAUUAUGAAAAUGAUGCUGGACCUCCAAGUCACCGAAGACGUUUGGAUGGUCGCAUAGCCGAAAACCCUGACAUGGACAUUAGUCCAGGCGACUCGACGCCAACAUCGGAGGCUAGCUACCCGAUUACCGGUGCGCCUUCUGUUCAUGGUCUGGUUAAUGCACAGCACAAUGACCUAUCAUCAAUUCCAACAUCCACUGUUGGCCUGCCGAAUGCAUUACCACGUCUAGCAUCGCAUCCCAACGCCAGUACUGUUAUGCCAUCCUCCUCCUCCGCAUCCGCUUCUGCUGCAGCGGCCAAUGCAGCUGCUGCAUCAAUGCAUUUCUCCGCAUCAUCCGCGUCAGGGCAUGGCUCGGGCGUUGUGGUGGGCGGGGCAACAAUGCUGCCCGCCACCGGACUCGCCUCCGUGCCCUCUAAUGCGGGCCUACCUGUGAUGGUUGCUGGUGUUAUGCAAACACAAAAUAAUAGUAAUCAUCGAAAAAUGGAUCCAGUGGCAAUGAUGCAACAGCAAGCGCAUCUAGUAUCGGCAUCAUCGCCCAUCGUGGAUCAUCACUUGAACUCGAAUGCACCCGGUCCGCCGAAAAUGGGCUCAAAAGAGCAACAAGAAAUGAUGUUGAAUUCGCAGCAGAAGGCAGCGUUGUUGAUGCGACAGCAGCAUCAACAGGCGGCGUUGCAUCACCACCAUCAAAUGGCACAACAUGGUAUGAGUGGCAACGAGGCGUUGCAUAUGAUGGCUAAUGCCGGUACUUCCAUUGAUGGCAACAACCACGCGAUGAAUGCGACCUCAUCAGCGGUGAUAGUUCUAAGGGAUAAUUCAGUGAACUCGCCACACUACAAUCUGGCCCAUUCACACGGCAUGUCGCCGAUGGGCUACACAAAAAGUCCUAUAACAAGUGUUGGUGGUAGCGGUGGUGUUGUUCCUGUAUCUGGGCACAAUAAUAAUGUGGGCAGUUGCGGCGGCGUAAAUGCUGGCGCAUAUGCUGCUUGUAACGCACCAUACGGUUUAAAGACUGUCGAGGGCAGCAGUGGCAUGAAUUCGAUUGGCAGCAGCAACAACAGUGGCCUCUGUUCCUCAUCUAGUUUAGCGAAUGUCAGCAUAAAUGCUGGCGGUAGUGGAGUUAUUGGUAUUCUGCCUGGUGAGGGACCACCGACGCCAACGCAAGAAAUGGACCUAAAUGUUGCUGCUAUGGAACAACAACAGCGGAAGUUGGAAAACACAUCGUCCGCGUCGUUGAGCACGCUGCAAGGUUGUGUGGCGUCAUCUGUACAGGCCGGCCGUUCACAGGGUCCAGAAAUUUCACCGAAAUUAGCAAAGUAUUUUAGGGCUGAUUUAAUUACACAUGUCACCAAUUGGCAAGCUGAUAUACUGGAAAAACAGGCGCAAAAGUGUUCUGAAGAGACGCAUUUGUAUGGCGAUUUACAAUGUACGAAAGUAUCGGCAGAGUUAAAAUGUGCUAGAAGCUUAGUUAGAAUAACUGAAAUCACAGCAACACUACAAGAACAAAAGAUUAUGUAUCUUCGCCAGCAGAUUCGUCGAAUAGAAGAAUCAAAAUCGCAAAACUCAUUUAUGUCUGAUGACCUUUAGCCAAUAUCAAAUUUGUAUUAAAAAAAGAGGAAUUAUUGCUAAAAAAAAUCUACAUAACCACAUUUAUAUGGAGAAAUUCUCAUCCAUAUGCCCAUACACUCCCAUGCAACACACAAUAAUUAAAAACAAGAAUCCAUAGCAAUUGGCAACUCUACACUAAUAUUUACAACUACUAGCAAUAAUGAAAAUACAAUAAUAAUAAAAAAAAAACAGAUCGCUAGUGUAGACGACAGGCAGAAAGAAGCGUCGAGUUGCAGCAGCAUCAGCAGCAGCUGUGUAUGGGGGAACCAAGCGUGCGGUUAACAGUUGAAACAGCUUAGAAUAAAUAAAAAAAUAAAAAAUACUUUGAAGUAACGGCAACAACAAUAGAGGAUGCAAACAAGAUAGAAAGGAUAAAAUAUUAAAUAAAUGAUGCAAAAAAUAAUACAAAAGGAAAAAAAUCUACACAAAAAGUAAUGAAUAAUUAUAGUAAUAUUAUAACUAGUAAUUAUAACUAAAUAUUUAAUGAUAAAUAAAAAAAAUAGAACUAAAAAAAUUAGAAUACAAGUCCAUUUAAAUAAAAAAGAACUUCAAACAUAUUGCAAAGAAAAUGGAAGAACGAUCAAGCCACUACUUCAAUACUGUAAGUGUACUUGAGCUUUUGUUGCAUGUCAGCUGUAGGAAAAGCUUCUUGGCGCUGAUUUGAAAAAUCACCGCAUGAUAAGCUAUGUGACAUUACUCAUCACUUGAGUUCCGACAUGUUUGAGCUGCAGCACGCAUGGUAAUGGCAGCAGCAGCAGCAGAGCGAAGGAGGACGCUAAUCAAAUUAAACAAUUGCGUCCUCAUGUCGGCAAAGGCGAUGGCAAUUUGUUUUUAUGUGAACACAAAUAUU